UGCCGAAAGGGAUGCUACGAGUUUGAGAAUUUGGGGAAUUGUUGGUUGUUGUCGAUGAGACUGGUCGUUGUUCUACUACACUGUGUAGGCUACGUCCAAUAAGUUGGAUUUGGAGCUAGAGACGCCGUUCCACUUCUCACGCGUGCGUCCUGAUGCGAGGAUGGUGGCUUAUGGGGGGCACCAUCUCUAACCAGAGGCCUCCCUCCCCUACACCCACCUGUGUGUCCAUGAAGAGUGAUGAGUCCAUGGGUCGACCAAUCACCUUUACUGAAGGAGACUCUUCUACUGGACAAGUAAGAUCUGCUCCUGAGGAGGGGGGUGCUGCCUCUAACACCAGUCUCUCUGAGGAACAACACACCAGCCAUGGAGCUACCAGAUAUCAGCAGAUCCACAAAUCCCACCUGCAGAAGAAGUUUCAGUGUCUGAUUGAGGGAAUCCAAAAGCAGGAAGACACCAGACUCCUCCAUAAAAUCUACACAGACCUCUACAUCACAGGGGGGGGAAGAGGAGAGGUCAAUGAUGAACAUGAGGUCAAACAGAUAGAGAGGUCAUCCUGGAGAGAAGCAGCACAAGAGACACCAAUCAAAUGCAGUGACAUCUUUAAACCCUUAUCUGGACAAUCCAAACCCAUCAGAACAGUGCUGACAAAGGGAGUGGCUGGCAUUGGGAAAACAGUCUUAGUGCAGAAGUUUAGUCUGGAUUGGGCUGAAGGAACAGCCAAUCAAAAUGUCCACCUCGUAUUUCCUCUUCUUUUCCGAGAGCUUAACCUGAUGAAGGAGAAGGAACUCAGUCUGGUGGGUCUUAUUCAGCACUUUUUCCCAGAAAUCAAAGAUCCCAGAGUCUUCUCCAGUUCAGACCACAGAGUCAUGUUCAUCUUUGACGGUCUGGAUGAGUGUCGACUUCCUCUAGAUUUCCACUCCAACCCAACCUGUUGUGAUGUGACAAAGCCAGCCUCAGUGGACGUGCUGCUAACGAACCUCAUCAAGGGAAAUCUGCUUCCUUCUGCUCUCCUCUGGAUCACCACCCGACCAGCAGCAGCCAAUCAGAUCCCUCCUGAGUGUGUGGACCAGGUGACAGAAAUAAGGGGAUUCAGUGACCCACAGAAAGAGGAGUACUUCAGGAAGAGAAUCAGUGAUGAGAACCUGUCCAGCAAAACCAUCACACACCUGAAGUCAUCCAGGAGCCUCUACAUCAUGUGUCACAUUCCAGUCUUCUGCUGGAUUUCAGCCACUGUUGUAGAGAAAACAUCAAAAGAAUCAGACAAAGUAGAAAUGCCAAGGACUCUGACUCAAAUGUACACACACUUCCUGGUCAUUCAGACAAGCAUUAAACAUGUCAAGUACACAAAGAGAAAAGAGACAGAUGAAGAGGUGAUUUCCAAACUGGGAAAACUGGCUUUCCAACAGCUGGAGAAAGGCAAUCUGAUCUUCUAUGAGGAGGACCUGAGAGAGUGUGGCAUUGACAUCACAGAAGCAUCAGUGUACUCAGGAGUGUGUACUCAGAUCUUCAGAGAGGAGGCUGAGCUGUACCAGGGGAAGGUGUUCAGCUUUGUGCAUCUGAGCAUCCAGGAGUUUCUUGCAGCUCUGUAUGUGUUCCUCUGCUUCAGCAACAGACAGAGAAACAUGCCUGACCAACAGCAAACCUCUCAGCUCUCUGCUCUGUUCAGAGCUGCAACACUUUAUGACCUACACAAGACUGCAGUGGACCUGGCCUUACAGAGUAAAAACGGACACCUGGACCUUUUCCUCCGCUUCCUUCUGGGCCUCUCACUGGAGUCCAAUCAGAAUCUCUUAAAGCACCUACUGCCACAGAACAGUAGCCAAUCAGAUAGCUCAGAGCAAACAGCCCAGCAUAUCAAACAGAAGAUCAGAGAUCAGAGUAGCUCAGACAGAAGGAUCAACCUGUUCUACUGUCUGAAUGAGCUGAAUCACCAUGCUGUAGUGGAGGAGAAAAGCAGCUCAGAUACUCUGUAUGUAAACAUGCUCUCACCAGGAAAAUGGGGGACUCAGAGAUUUGAGUUUCAGAUUUCAGAAGAGCAGCUGGCUGAGUUUGACCUGCAGAAGUACAUAAAGACACCAGAGAAAGAUCAGACUGAACUGCUCAGUCCAGAUGAAGUUCUUCAGAAGCUGCUGCCAGCGGUCACAACAUCCACAUCUGCUAUGCUGGAUAACUGUAAUCUGAGUGAUAAGAGCUGUUCCUAUCUGGCCUCUGCACUGAAGACAUCACACUCAUCAAAUCUCAGCGUGCUGCACCUGAGUGGCAAUAAACUGCUGGACUCAGGAGUGGAACUUUUAUGUUCUGCUCUUUGUCAUCACAACUGCAAACUGGAGGAACUACGGCUGGUUAGCUGUAAUCUGAGUGAUAAGAGCUGUUCCUAUCUGGCCUCUGCACUGAAGACAUCACACUCAUCAAAUCUCAGAGUGCUGCACCUGAGUGACAAUAAGCUGCUGGACUCAGGAGUGGAACUUUUAUGUUCUGCUCUUUGUCAUCACAACUGCAAACUGGAGGAACUACGGCUGCGUAGCUGUGAUCUGAGCGAUAAGAGCUGUUCCUAUCUGGCCUCUGCACUGAAGACAUCACACUCAUCAAAUCUCAGAGUGCUGGACCUGAGUGAUAAUAAGCUGCUGGACUCAGGAGUGGAACUUUUAUGUUCUGCUCUUUGUCAUCACAACUGCAAACUGGAGAAACUACAGCUGUAUAAGUGUGGUCUGAGCGAUAAGAGCUGUUCCUAUCUGGCCUCUGCACUGAAGACAUCACACUCAUCAAAUCUCAGACUGCUGAUCCUGAAUCACAAUCAGCUGAUGGACUCAGGAGUGAAACUUUUAUGUUCUGCUCUUUGUCAUCACAACUGCAAACUGGAGGAACUAGCGCUGAUGGGCUGUGAUCUGAGCGAUAAGAGCUGUUCCUAUCUGGCCUCUGCUCUUAAGUCUCCCUCCUCAAAUCUCACACAGCUGCACCUGAUGAGUAAUGACCAGAUAAGUGCAUCAGCUGUAGAGCCGCUCUGUGCUCUAGUGAAGGACCCACACUGUAAACUGGAGUAUCUACUAACUAAACAUGGAGCAGUGAAGUUCAAGUGAAGUGUUGAGCCACGGCCCUGAGCUGGAUGGGGUCUGUGGGGCAGGAACUCAUGACAUGAGGAUGUGAUCCAACACACACACACACACACACACACACACACACACACACACACACACAGCAGAGAAUGUCUUGGGAGAAAUAUAUCAUGGAAGCAGCCUCUAACUUAGAAGAGCACAACACACACACACACACACCACACACACAGACACACAAACACACACACACACACACUUGUCCAUAUAGUUGGUUGUCACUGUCAUCACUGUAUGAGUGUACAAAACUCAGUUUUUUUGUUUUUUUACAAUGCAAUUAUAUUUUCUUAAAUUAAGAAAUUCAGAUGAAUCUAUGGGUUUUAAGUAUGUAAAAGUAUG